AGUGGACACAAUGUGUUGAUACUGACGGCACAUCCGGACGACGAGACAAUGUUCUUCGGGCCGACCAUUAUAUCGGAAGUGAUGGCCAACCGAAAGGUGUAUGUCUUGUGUCUAUCGAAAGGCGAUUAUUACGGAAUCGGCGGCCGAAGAGUCCGCGAACUCGAGGAAUGCUGUCGUGUAUUGAAUGUGACGGCCGUUGAGGUCGUCGACGAUAAUCGACUCAAAGACACGCCCAGCGAAUGGUGGGAUCAGUCGGUGAUCGCCAAAUACGUGGACCAGUUUGUGGCCAAACACAGUAUCGACCGUAUCAUCAGUUUCGAUGAUUACGGCAUCAGUGGUCACUCCAACCAUCGCGCUCUCUAUCAGACACUCGUUACCCUUAGAGCUGAUCCCAAGUUUGCCCACAUUUCGAUGUAUUGUUUGGAUUCGGUGUCCAUUUUGCGGAAAUCAUACUAUCCGAGUUAA